AUGUCCAACAGCAGCUCCAUCAGCCACUUCCUGCUGCUGGCAUUGGCAGACACACGGCAGCUGCAGCUCCUGCACUUCUGCCUCUUGCUGGGCAUCUCCCUGGCUGCCCUCCUGGGCAACGGCCUCAUCAUCAGCGCCGUAGCCUGCGGCCACCACCUGCACACGCCCAUGUUCUUCUUCCUGCUCAACCUGGCCCUCAGCGACCUGGGCUCCAUCUGCACCACUGUCCCCAAAGCCAUGCACAAUUCCCUCUGGCACACCAGGAACAUCUCCUACACAGGAUGUGUUGCUCAGCUCUUUUUCUUUCUGUUCUUCAUCUCAGCAGAGCUUUCCCUCCUGACCAUCAUGUGCUACGACCGCUACGUGUCCAUCUGCAAACCCCUGCACUACGGGACCCUCCUGGGCAGCAGAGCUUGUGCCCACAUGGCAGCAGCUGCCUGGGCCAGUGCCUUUCUCUAUUCACUGCUGCACACAGCCAAUACAUUUUCCCUGCCCCUGUGCCAUGGCAAUGCCCUGGGCCAGUUCUUCUGUGAAGUCCCCCAGAUCCUCAAGCUCUCCUGCUCCAAAUCCUAUCUCAGGGAACUUGGGCUCAUUGUGUUUUCAGUCUCCUUAGCAAUUGGCUGUUUUGUGUUCAUUGUUUUCUCCUAUAUGCAGAUCUUCAAGGCUGUGCUGAGGAUCCCCUCUGAACAGGGACGGCACAAAGCCUUUUCCACCUGCCUCCCUCACCUGGCUGUGGUCUCUCUGUUUAUCAGCACUGCAGCAUUUGCUCACCUGAAACCCCCCUCCAUCUCCUCCCCAUCCCUGGAUCUCUCAGUCUCUGUUCUGUACUCAGUGGUGACUCCAGCACUGAACCCCCUCAUCUACAGCCUGAGGAACCAGGAGCUCCAGGAUGCCCUGCAGAAAAUGAUGACCAUAUCUUUUCAGGGACAAUAAAGUCCGUCUUUUCUGCUCCAGAACAUUCAGAAUGUCACUCCUUACAAUCUUGGCCUUUAUUUUUUUAUUUGUCAAUUUUUUCAUUGGGACCUUUUUUUAUUCUU